GCGCGUUCCUCCCAGCCAAUCAGGAGGCGCCGUCUCAACAAACGGUUGGGGGGCCUGGAUCGUUGCUAGAUGUGGCGGCUGAGCGGGCUGAUUAUGACUCUCGGCAUGAAGAAAAGGUUUUAUUAUGCGGUGAGGGCCGGCAGGAAGCCCGGAGUGUACGCAAACUGGGAUGAAUGUAAAGAACAAGUUGACAAAUUUCCUUGUGCCAGUUUCAAGAAGUUUGCUACUGAAGAAGAUGCAUGGUCUUUUGUAGGUACUGUGCCUUCAAAUUCACAAGCUGCCUCAACAGAAUGUAGUGACCAAAGCAAGUCUGCUGAUAAGGAGUUGAAACCAGAGAACAGUAGUGGGGAAAAGCAUUCACUGUCACCUGAUGCUGAUGACAAGCCAUUCGUAAAACAUUUCAAAAGUGAAAAAUCAUUCAGUGAUUUAGAACAUAAGUUUACUUACAUGGGAGAUGCUGUUGCAGUUUAUACAGAUGGCUGCUGUUCAAGUAACGGGCGGAAAGGAGCUCAGGCUGGAAUCGGCGUGUACUGGGGACCUGCUCAUUCCCUAAACCUUAGUGAAAGACUUCCAGGAAGACAGACCAACCAAAGAGCAGAAAUAAUUGCAGCUUGUCGUGCAAUCGAGCAGGCCAAGGAACUCAAUAUUGAAAAACUGGUUGUUUUUACAGACAGCAUGUUUACAAUUAAUGGUAUCACAAAGUGGAUAAAAUCUUGGAAGAGUAAUGGCUGGAAGCUUAGUUCUGGAGGAUCAGUAAUCAACAAAGAGGACUUUGAAAGACUUGACAAAUUGACCUCUGGUAUAAAUAUCGAAUGGAUGCAUGUGCCUGGCCAUGCUGGUUUCCCAGGAAAUGAAGCGGCAGAUAGUCUAGCUAAGGAGGGAGCCUCCAAGCCACCAUGUUAACUAGCACUGACAAAUGUACUUUGCAGUUCACAUUUAUGCAUGGUUGCAAAUCUGAAAUGUAUACAUCAAACUAAUGCAAAACAAAUUUUAUUUAAUCAUCUGGUUAUUGUAAAGCUUCCUUUAGGGCACUCGCAAUGCUUUUUAUUAGGGGUAAUCUUCCAAUUUCAGUUUAUACUGGUGGACAGCUUCUCCCAUUGCCAAUAAUGUAUAUUGGGAAUUUAUUGUAGUUACCAAAUACCUGAAAUUCCAAAGCACAGUACUGGUUGUGGGUGAGUCUUGCCAAUAAUGCAAAAGUUGGAAGUGUGUUUUAUUUUAAAUAACAGUGGCUAACUUAUUUUUCUUACUGAGCUGCAAAUAAUCUGCAACCGAGAAGUAUUCCAUCAAUUUUUUCUGAAGCUUGCAUCACUCAUUUGAGCUGGUCGUUAUAGUUGCAGAAUAGAAAAUAUUUGGGGAAUUUGUUCUCACCUCUUUCUAAUUCCUAGUGUGUUCACUUUUCCCCUUGGGAAGAUGACCAGGCUCUAAUCAGAAUGGCAGAGCUUUCCAACUUUGCAGCAUUGUGAACAUGAGCUUGUACCUCUCUCUCAUUCCCUCAUUAGCACAAUGCAGCAUGUUGUUAUUUGCAACUAUGUUACAGUCCUGCAAAUAAAUGUACAUUAUAAUUGUGGGUUUUCAUACAUGGGCAUAUGAAUCAUUUGCAUUAUUUUUUAACAGUAUUUUGGUUGUACAUUGUAUUGAAAUAUAAACUUGUUUUUGAUUUGGGUUGGUGUGCAAGAGGUUCCAAUCUAAAUUUAGAUGGUUUCUUAAACGUUCACAUAAUACACAUUAUUGGCUCCUGUUUUGAGUUUUCUUUUUGCUAAUCAUUUAAGUUUUAUUUUUGUAAGCUGUUUUGUCCCGUAAGGCACUUGCACAUGAACCCAGUUGCAAACAGGGUUGAUGAGUUGACUUUUGCUUUUACGUUAUAAUAUGAUACAGGAUUCAUCGAAGGGUCAUGAGGACUCGAAACGUCAACUCUUUUCUUCUCCGCCGAUGCUGCCAGACCUGCUGAGUUUUUCCAGGUAAUUCUGUUUUUGUUUAGGAUAGAGAAGCCACUUUUUAGAGUUGACCUGUUUUGUACAUGGGUUUGUUUUCAGACUAAAGCUAAAAUCAUGUGAAAUAAAAUUUCUUUUAUUUUUGUA